AUGAUCUCCUCACCCUCACCCUCGCAUCUCCAACACCCCUCCCCCCCCUCUUCCUCCCUCACCUCCCUCCUCGACACUCUCAUAAACAUAACCAUCACCGCCUCAACACUCAAUUCCGCUCCUCCCGCUGCUCUCACAACAACCACCCAUUCUGCAGCAUGCACAGAUGUGAAUCAGGGAGCGCUGGUAUGCUGUCCGAGUAUUCUGGAUGGUGAUCAACCGGUUGUGGUGGCGGCGGCGAGGAUGUUUGGGUUUGUGUUGAAUGGGAAUAGUGUUAAUGGGAUGGGGUGUGAGUUUCUUGAUUUUUGGGGGUUGUAUAUGUGUAUUUGGUAUGUUUCUUUUGUUUUUUGGGUUUUCCUCCCUAUCAACUCUGCUGCUGGAUCGAUGGAUUUGUGUUGUGGGUUUGUUGAGAUGAGAAAGUUGGUUGGGGUGUGA